AUGCGCAAACUGGCGAGACCACUGCCUCUAGACACGCCGACCACCAUUGAACUCGCCCCUAGCAACUCAAUUCGGGUGACCUUGAUUGAUGCCAACCAUUGCAUCGGAGCAGUCAUGUUCCUCAUCGAGGGUGAUGGACAAGCAGUUCUCUACACCGGCGACAUACGUGCGGAGACUUGGUGGGUGAACUCACUUGUACAGAACCCUGUAUUAUUGCCAUAUACUCUUGGAAAGCGCCGCCUGGAUUGCAUGUAUCUGGACACUACGUUUGCAACAAAACACGAGCCAUACAGGGAGUUCCCUAGCAAAGCGGAGGGUAUCAACGAGUUGCUCGAUAAGGUGAGCCAGUAUUCGCAUGACACCAUUUUCUACUUUCACUCCUGGACUUUUGGCUACGAGAACGUCUGGCUUGCAUUGUCCGUCUUCCUUGAAUCUCAAAUCCACCUAGACAGCUAUCGUGCGGGGAUUUAUGGCUCUUUGUCCACGCUGGAGAAGAUACAGCUGCGAGGGAUUGGGCUGGCUGUUCAGACUGACAACAAGCCUCUACGAGACUCAGGCCUUGAGGUCCGCGAAGCCGCCGCAUUGUGUGGCUUCCGGAAUGGUAAUCGCAUUCAGCCUGGAUGCCUGACUUCCUUGGAAAAUGUUCGCAUACAUAGCUGUGAGCGAGGCAUGGGCUGCGCUGUCAUGGACCAAGAUACCCAAGCAAAGGUCGUACACAUCAUCCCCAUCAUUACACGAGCCAGCGGGAUUGAAAUUGAGGAGCUUGGUGCCGGGGGCGGAAAAGGUGAUAUUGACCAAAAAGAAGAGUUGGAGACCGGAGACAUGGCAGAACUUCGUAAACUCAUGGAGCUGUGCGCAUGUUCUAUACCUGACGAGGCACUACUUUCCAAGGUACUUGCGCGGCUGCAGGAAGCGCUUGCUGGGAACGAGGGCAAACUCGGUCUCGAAUUACAGUUGCAGAAGGCUAGUGCGGAGAGCCAGGAUGUCCUAUCGUUACCCACGCUCAUAUCAGCCUUGUUGACAACAGCUACGAAGAAUGGGACUACCGACGGGUCCCAAAAUCCGUUUCGACCUCAAGAUGUCUUUCCUUGUACGGUUAACGAAGCUGCUUGGACGCCAGACCUGAGCAUGCAGAGUCUGUUCGGUCAGUAUUGUAGCACAAGCACAUUCCGCCAUGAUGCCGAGAUGAACGAGGCCUAUGAGUUCAACAUAAAACAGCAAAAAAAGGACCAGUUCUGCCACGAGAAUACCCAGCAAGACUCACAGACUUCAAGCAAGAGGAGGAAGUUGACGAAUCGUCAGCUUGCAUACGAUGCUGCGAUUGGUACAUGUCUCACGUGGGCAGACUUUGGCGGCUUGACCUCAACACGCAGCCAAAUUGAACGCGAAGAGGAGGAGCUCUAA